UUGAAAUGAUUCUGAACAAGUUUUGACAAAAAACAUAAUAAUGAUCAAUUCUUGGAUCUUCUUCAAAUCAAAUCCCUGCAAGCAAAGCAAAGAACAACUCACAUUUCACAAGCAUUAUUAUGUUAAGCAGCAAAACUUAGCAGAAUCAUCUGCUUGCUGUUAAAUAGUUGUCAAUAACCAAUCUACAGACGAAAUACAACUCUAAAGCAAUUUACUUUCGUUUCAAAGUCGAAAGAAAAGUGCGGGAAUUUUGAAGAAGGAACUACCCACAAACAUCAAAAUACAGAGAUUUCUUUGGAUACAUAUCUGUAUGGUGAAAUGGUGUUCAGGAAAGUAGUAGGUUUGAUGAUGGGGUGUUUGGGAUUGUCAAAGCAGCCUACCAGAGCUCUCCCUUUUGCUGAAAUUAGUGGUUCUCUGCAAAUUGAUCAAAUAGUUAAUAAUUCCCCAAGAAUCAGACUCAAUGAUGGAAGAUUUUUGGCUUACAGGGAGAGAGGAGUCCCCAAGAACAAGUCCAGUUACAGAGUCAUUGUUGUUCAUGGCUUUGGCAGCUCCAAAGAAAUGAACUUUAUGGCACCCAAAGAACUUUUGGAUGAGUUGAGUAUAUAUCUAUUGCUAUUCGAUCGAGCUGGAUAUGGUGAAAGUGAUCCAAAUCCAAAAAGAUCGUUAAAAAGUGAGGCAUCUGACAUAGAGGAACUAGCCGAUAAGCUACAAUUAGGAUCCAAAUUUUAUGUAGUUGGAGUCUCCCUUGGAUGCUAUCCCACCUGGAGUUGCCUCAAGCGUAUACCAAACAGGCUAGCGGGUAUUUCGCUUGUGGUUCCGUAUAUAAAUUACAAAUGGCCAUCUCUUCCUGCUGAUUUGACUAAGGAUGAUUAUCGAAGAGGCCUUUCCCGGUGGAUGUAUAGGGUUGCUUGCUACACUCCAGGAUUAUUACACUGGUGGCUGACUCAGAAGUUGUUUCCAUCAUCUACUGUCCUCGACAGAAACCCUGCGUUUUUUAGUAACAAAGACUUAGAGGUGUUGAAGAACUCGCCCGGCUACCAAUUGCUCUGUCAGAACAAGCUGAGGGAGCGAAGCGUGUUUGACUCACUAUGCCGUGACUUUAUGGUUGCUUUCGGAAAGUGGGACUUCGAUCCCAUGGAUUUACGCAAUCCAUACCCUCAAAAGGAAAGCUUAGUUCAUAUAUGGCAAGGUUACGAGGACAAGGUCGUACCAUUUCAAUUACAAAGAUAUGUGUGGAAUAAACUACCUUGGAUUAGAUAUCAUGAAGUUCCUGAUGGAGGUCAUUUGCUAAUAUAUGAUACUGCAGUAUGCGAAGCCAUCUUGAGGUCUCUUUUACUUGGAGAAGAUUCUCCUUUGUACAGACCUCAAUAGGACGAUCUGUCGACUGUCGACCUUCUUUCAUUCUUGCCAUCCUUCAAAUAACUUGUAAAGUAGUUUCAUUACUAUUCAUACAAAGAGUGACGUUUUAUUUGUUUCAAGAAGCUAUCAUUUGUAAAUGAAAUUCCAAUUAUUCAAAAAUUAAUAGAAUUCUGCAGAAAUGAAAAUCACUGCUGCAGAGACUC